AUGAUCAGACAGGCCGGGCUCACCAUACGCCCAGAUAAAUGUCAUGGGAUGGCUGAGGUUCAGUACCUAGGACAUCGGGUUGGAGGGGGCUCUAUUAGACCAGAACCGGCAAAGGUGGAGGCUAUUGUUAACUGGCCCCAACCUGCCAACCAAAAGCAAGUGCGAGCCUUCCUUGGAGUUGCUGGCUGUUACAGAAAAUUCAUACCACAUUACAGCACCAUGACCAAGGCUCUAACGGACUUGACCAAAAAGAAAUAUGCUCGGAAGAUCAAAUGGACUGUUGAGUGUGAGCAAGCCUUCAGCAUCUUAAAAGACAUGGUGACUCUAGCCCCAGCGCUGGCUGCCCUUGACUACAAUAAAAAGUUUAUUGUGCAGACAGACACUUCGAGGUGUGAACAGUGUUGUGCCAGGUGGGAGAAGAUGGUAGGGAACACCCAAUUGUGUAUCUAUCUCUUAAGCUAG